AUGUCUGUCCCUCCCUCCCCAGGAGAGCUGCGGGCCCACCUUGUCCCCCCCAAGGCCAGCCGAGGGGAAGGCGCUGGGAGACCCCUCCCUCAGCCCAACCCGGACCCCCAGCCGCCCCCACUGCCCAAAAAGCAGCUCCAGCGAGCCGAGUCCCUCCCGGAGCCGGGAUCAUUCCUCCGCUGCCAUGGCGACCCUGAGCCACGGGCUGGCAGCAUCUUCUACAGCAUCCCCCCAGCCCAGCUGCAGCACGGGGAGGGGGCUCCCCCGCGGGACAGACCCUCCUGGGCACCCAAGAAGCCCUUGACCAAGUCCCAAAGCCUGGGGGAGCCGCUGGCCCGAAGCAGCCCCCAGGAAGCCCCAUCAGCCAGCCUGAAGGAUCUGUCAUUUGGGACAGCGGAUGGGGAGCUGGGGCAGCUCCUGGAGAGCCUGGCUGGGGUCUGUGGAGUGGUUUUGGGGUGCCAGGAGGCCUCCCUGGCUCGGCUGUCGGCUCACAUGCAGGAGGAGCUGGUGGGGGCCGAGGAGAGGCAGCAGCUGCUGCAGGCAGAGCUGGCAGGGAAGCGCUGGGCAGCGCUCAGUGUCCUGGACACCCAGCCCUGCUGCCAGAGCGGGGACGCCUGGUACUUCAGGGUGGGCUUCACCUUCGAGCACAGCCAGAUGCAGUUUGCAGCCAAGGUCCCCAAGCCAUGCUGCUCCAGCCUGGGGGUGCAGAGCUCCGUGGGGACACAUUGCAGCAUCCAGCGCCUGCUCGGCCACUUCACUGACCACCUCCCGCAGGAACUGGUGCUCCCAGGGAUCCCUGGAAAACAGAGUCAGGGCCUUUCCAGAGAGGAACCAGCCAGUCCUGCCCCCCAGCCUGUCCUGCAGGUGCUCCUUUGUGCCGAGAUUCCCCAGCAGACCCUUGCAGACUUUGUGAAGGGCUCCCGCGCUUUGCACAGGACCAGCCCCGGGCACUAUGAACGCCUGAGCUGCCUCCUGCUCCUGCAGCUCUGCAUGGGGCUGGAGCACCUCCGGGGGCAGAAUGUGGCCCAGGGGGACCUCUGCCCCGAGAACCUGCUGCUGGUGCAGUGCCCGUGUCCCCCCAGGAGCCAGCAGGGCCAGAAGGAGCCGCCAGGACUGGCCCUUCCACGGCUGCUCAUCAGCAACUUCUUCAAGCUGCAAGAGAAGCAAAGACCUUGUUCCAGCAGCCAGGAGCAGGACUGGAGCCAGGGUCUCACUGCACCCUCCCCUCCAGCAGCAGCUGAGCUCAAUGUGGGCAGGCUGAUCUAUCAGCUCUUGCACGUGGACAUCUCCCUGGAGAACAUUUUGAGUUUCACAAGCAAAAGGCUUCCUGAAAUCCCCUCACUGUCCAUCUACUCGGCUGGCCUGAAGCGCUUGGCCACACUGCUCCUGCACAGGGAUCCUCACCAGAGGGUGUCCAUCGAGCAGGCCAGGGGCAUCCUGCAGGUGCUGCUCUGGGGGCCACGCCAGGAGCUCUUUGCCAGGAGCAGGAAGAGCCUCGCGCUGCUCCGGAGCUGGCUGCAGGUCAAGAGGGCUCUGCUGCUCUUGAGGUUUGCGGAGAACUCGGCUGGGGCCAGGGCCAGCCCCGGCCUGGAGGAGUGGCUGUGCUGCCAGUACUUCCAGGGGGUCACAGAACACACCCUCUACCAAGUCACCCAGGUUCUCUAUGCUCCCUAAACCAGCCUCCAGUUCAGACUACCUAAACCUUCUCAAAGGCAGGAGCUCACAAGGGCCUGGCCAAACCUAUCCCUGCCCAUGGCAGGGGACUUGAAACUAAAUUAUUUUUGGGGUCCUUUCAGCCAAAAUCAUUCCAUGAUUCUAUGAAAGGUACCAGUUCCUGAGAAAUCCAAGCAGGUCCUCACUGGGAAAGCUCUGCAAAACUAAACCCACUCCCCCAGUAGCCCAUGAAUAAUGAAGUUGGGAUCAAACUCCCAAACACAAGCAGUGGUUUUAUACCCUCAAACAAUUUUAGCUUGGUACUCUAACUCUGGUUUAUCAGAACAUCUGACAAAAGGUAGCUGGAUGGA